AGUGCAUCUUUGAAAUGCCCGCUCCUUCAGAUCUUCGGAUCUCUUUCGAGGGUUCAUCAACACACCGUAAAGCCACGGUGUUCCGGGUGGUGUGCUGGUUCUUUGCCAUACGGUACUUGUCAUCAAGACAAACAACGCGGCGAGACGCGGUUCCUCUUCCUUUGUGUUGGUGCGGGCAGUGCGGCAUCUUCCAUCGAAUAGGCAGAAAAACUGGUGGUGGAUUAUUCCUUCGUUUAUAUUGGGUCGACAUCUUCUGUCGAACCCAAGGCGGAAAAGCUGGUGCCGGUUUCCGUUGCUAUGCCGGGUUCUUGAGGGAGGAGGGAAGCAGAAGGGAAGGAGAUGUUGCUAAAAGCCCCACCGCACCAGGUCGCCGAUCACCAAGCGGCCGAAGGAAAUCUCGGACUCCUUAUCGACGGCGCAGGCCGCUGCAAGACCAUGAUCGGGGGUCGAAGGAGGUGGGGUUUUACCGAUCCUUUUGGUCGAACUCCCAGUUGCCACCGAAUGUCCAUCGAUUCUUCCCGUCCUUCUACGGUACCCAACUUCUAGAAGCUUCGGAUGGUUCCGGUCCCCGCGAGCACCUUGUCAUCGACGACGUCGUCUCAUCCCUUUAUCGUCCCUCUGUGAUUGACGUCAAAAUCGGGUCCAGAACGUGGUAUCCCGGCGCAUCGGAUGAGUACGUGGGCAAAUGCGUGGAGAAGGACCGGACUUCCACCAGUUUGAAACUGGGGUUUAGGAUUUCUGGGUUGCAGGUGUAUCCGAGUGAAGAACCGGGUUUAUGGAAGCCUGGGAGACGUUGGGUGAAGGCCAUUCUCAGUGCUGAUCAAGUCAGAUCGGUUCUGAGGGUGUUCGUUUCAUCGAACGCUUCUUCAAGUUCGCCAGAUUGCGCGCAUGCACCUGCCGUCUUUGGCGGUCCGACCGGAGUUUUGGCGCAGUUGCUGGAACUGAAGCAGUGGUUCGAGAAGCAGACGUUCUUCCACUUCUACUCGAAGUCGGUGCUGUUGAUGUAUGGCCAGGAUGAGACCGACGGUAGCCGACCGGUGGUGGCUUCUGUGAAGCUUGUGGAUUUCGCCCAUGUUGUGGAUGGGGAAGGAGUGAUUGAUCACAACUUUUUGGGAGGAUUGUGUUCGUUGAUAAAGUUUGUGGAGGAUAUACUUGAGAGCAUUGAUGGUAGUGUGGCUUGGACUAGCAAACUUGGGUCUGCAGCAGAUUGAUAUACUCAAACGCAGUUAGAGUCUGCAUUUUAGUGCGAUCACAAACUCUUCUUUAAGUAGUUACAUGCUGUCUUUUGAAUAUUAAUAUGUAGGAAACUUUCAAGAGUUGAUGUUUGGCGAUUCAAGAAGGGUGGUUAUUAUAUUCUUCUCGAUCUCCAAGUUUUAUAAAUUAUCACUAAGAAAAUUUUUUGCUCUUGUGAA